AGCAACGCAGGGUCCGACUCACAGGUGCUCCUCUGCCGCUGCUCUGCUCUUGAAAUAGCACCUGCCGUUAUAUUUGCUCGGAAACUAAAAGUCCAGAGUCGAUUGCUGGGAGAGAAUUUUCUCAAACACACAGGGAUUACCGCGGUUUACAGCUACAUCAAGGAUGUGCGGUAUGGACGUGGACCUGGACGACAGCGGUUCUGCCGAGGAGGAGAAAGAAGAAGAGUUCUGGAUCGGAGAGGGCGUGAAGAUGCUCCCCCCGCCUGUGGCUCACAGCGGGGGCAGCGCUUGGGGCAGCCGUAGGGGCAGGUGUGGCUGCGUGGCCUGCGGGGCGGCUCUCAUCCUCUGGAACCUGUGCGUGGUCUUAGCCAGUGCUCUGCUCCUGGCUGUGGUCUUCUCUGUGGUGCUCCUGCCUGCAGGGCUGCUGCUGUAUGCUGGUUUCCUCUGCCACUCCAGGGUCCUUGAUGCACCCUCUGCCAUCUGCCAUUAUCUCGAUGACAACAGCUGCUCUGCCCUCAUCAUCCUGGGCUUUGUGAUGAUGUCUCCGCUCGUGGUCGUGGCGGCGGCAGUUUUCUGCGGGCUGCUCCGAAAGUUUCGACUCCUGCUUUUCAUUCAGCCAAUCAAGCGCGCCUGGUACAGAGGGAGGCUGCUGGACUGGGCGGGCAGCAUCCACGCCUGGGUUUGAUCACAACGGAGAAGGUGGUGCUGAGGGUCACAGUGAUUGGAAAGAUUGAUUUGUGCAAGACGAACCUGAGGGUUACAGAUGUUUUGCAAAAAUAGAAACAUCAUUAUAGUCGAUAAGACAGUCAUACAGCAAAUCCUUACUUUGUCAAUGGUUGUAAAAACGUUUGACAUUUUUAGAAAUAUUCGAGUCCUCUUUCCUCCUGUUAGUUUUGGUGAGAAGAUCAAUAUCACCCUCAUGUCUGUGUGGUGAAAUUGAAGCUGCAAAGACCAGAUCAUCAACUUAGAAUGGAAUAAAGACUGAAAACUUAGAUUAAGGGUGAAACCCAAAAGACAUACAUUAAUAUAAACCAUCUAAAAAGAUAUUCCAGAGCUUUAAAGGUGACAGUAGGAGGAUUAAAUUAGCCUUUCCAGCUAGAUGUUUCUGGGAUUUGUGCUUAUCGAACAGCCAUCUGCUUUCACCCUCCUAUUUGAGAGUGAAGUCACCUCUCACUGACCUCUCAGACAGAAUACAAACGUGUAGCUUCUAAAAUGUCAAACAGUUCUUUCAAGACCAAGACCUGUGUUAUUGUGUCAUAUAUUUGUUAUUAAUUUGGCUACUCUCAGUCCAUUUUGGGUAAUUUUGUGAAUUGUUUUUUUUUUUUUGAAAAUGACACUAGAUGAGGGUUUGUUAGGUUUGUGUGGCUUUUACACAGAAACAGACCAGUUUUCUCAGAUAUGUAGUGCCAUCUUACAAGAAUCUUAAAGCAAAACACAUUAUGGGCUCAUUAUUUAAGUAAACCAGAUGCACAUCGGAACAGACGAGAAAAAAACACAUGCAAACUUCUUGGAGGGUGAAGGAUACCUGCAGGGUAUUCACGCAAGCUUUAACAGCUCCUUAGACACAGCAUUGUUGGUUUAUUUUGAGGACACAUCAAACACCAGUUUAACUAUGAUUUUGUACAAAAACUGAUAUUUUUGUGAUUUUGUAUUGCCUGUUUGCUAACUACAUGGAUGUGUUUAAAUGUGAGACCCUCUCAGAAAUGUGAAUUUAUUUGUGGUUGCACUUAAGAACUCUCUAAAUAAGAAAAGUUUUUCCAAACAUCAGAUUAAAGCCCCGUCCACACAGGGAGCGGCCUGUUCGCUUCACUCUUGGCUUUGUCUCUGACAGUUGGUUGCUAGCGGACAUUCCAGGUUGCCUAGGUAACCCUCUAAUGUACAGUGUUGUGCAAAAGUCUUGACCCACCCUUCAUUUCUUUAUCUUUUGCUUCCAAAAAGCCAAACUUGAUAGUAAUUUUUUAAAACGUGGUCUUGAACAUCAGUUUUGUUGUUGUUUUUUUGUUUUUUCCCCACUCAUUUUCAGUUGAAUCUAUAAAAAAUGCCAAAGAUAUCAAAGUUUGAAGGCAUUAAAUUGAAUUUUGAAGUGCUAUUAGCUAAAGAUUUGGCAUAUCUCAGCAUGAAGUGUUUUUUUUUAGUGACCUAAAAAAUUAUCUACCGCAGAUGAACAGUAUUUAAAUGUUGUGUCCUUAAGAAAUAGGAAAAGCGUAGCACCUGACACAGGACCUGAGUGAUGCAUCUAUCCCUUCAGUCGAUCCAUCUACUAUUCAUUCAAGAUAAUUAAUUCAAAUCAUCAGUAUGUAGAGAGGAGGACAGGAGAGAGGAACAACAGUGAGUGUCUGCAGCCAUCUGUAAAACACAGUGGAGGCUCUGUCAUGGUUUGGGAAUGCAUUUCAGCAAGUGGUGUUGGAAGCAUCGGAAAAGCAUCAGAUUUUUCAGUGAUCCCAAACACACCUCUAAUUCAGUAAAAGCAAACCUGGCUAGAAAAGCACGCAAUGAAACACACAGAAGCAGUGUGGGAUCAUCUUCACAGAGAACAGAAGGUAGCCAACAUCCAAAGAAGAGCUUUGAAUGCCCUUCAAGAAGCCUGCAGAACGUUUCCUGAAGACUACUUAAGGAAAUUACAAGAAAACAAGAGAGUUCAGUUCAAAUAGAAUUGUUCAAGCUCUAUACACUGCAUUUCCAUGUUUGCUUGCACAUGUUUCGAUAAAUUAUUGCACCUAUUUGCGAUUUUCUCAGCAAAAUAAAAAGAAACAAUGGGUGGCUUGAGACUUUUCCAAAGUUCUGUAGCUGAUAUCGUUGUCAUGUGUCAAUCAACGGCAUUCCGCCUUCUCAUUUGUAGGCGCUUCAGUCGCUCACCUGUGAUGGGGCUUUUAGGAAACCCUUAAAAACAAGGCGAAUCAUGUGAAAUGCAUUAUGACUAGAAUUACUCUCUUGCGUUUUUUGCAGAAUAUGAUGUUGUCAUUAUUUCGACAACAUCUAAUAGGAUUUUUUCCUAUUAGGCAUUUUUGUAAGUUAUGGCCUAAAGUUUUUUUGUGAGGUCACGAGGAACAUAAAAGCUUUGAUCUUGAAGAUCAUCCUUGAGUCGAAGCGAGUUUUUGUGCCAAAAAUAUGACGCAGUUCCUUCAUGAUGUUCACAAGGAAUCAUAAACGCCCACCCAGUGGCAUAAAUAAACUUUCACAAAGACUUCCAUUUUGUCUGUUAGGUGACUUAAAUUGACAGUAAAGUUUAUUCCCAAGGAGUUUUACCCAAUGUAGCAUCAUCAGUAGUCAAACCUUGUGAAUGUGGGGGCGAUAUGAAACAUAUUUCAUUUUAAUGCUUCUUUUAGAUCACAUUGUGCCAUAAAGAAACACCCUUCUUCGUGAACACAACUAAAGUCGACAGCAUGACAAAGUAAUUGCCUUUCAGUGGGAUCAGACUGUUAAAGAGGGAUUUGAAUCAUCACAUCAGGAGCUCAUUGUGUUGCCUCUUUGCUUUCCGGUCCUUUAAAUUCACCAGUGACACCCUGCACACCCUUUUAUCUGUGUCCUUGCUCCAUAGCUAAGUGUUCAGACUUGUGGCUUUGCCUCUCAGAAGGAAGAAAUAAAUCAUAUUUAAUGAUGUGCAGUGAUUAUUCAUCCUCUGCCGCUUGUAUCAUUCUAAAUUAUAUGUACUUUUUAGUUUAUUUAUUUGUGUGUUUUGUUUGUGUUUAUUAAUCUGAAUGUGCUCUGUUAAUCUAGCCAGAUAAAGACCAGUGUUUUGGAGAACUGUGUAGUUUUAUGUCACAGGGUUGUAUACCACAUCUGAAGCAAAUUACUGGGAAAAUUGCAGCAGCUAAUUGAGGUUUAUUUAUUUUUUUGUUCAGCUUUCACUUUGGUGUUAUCAACAAAACAGCAUGUUCUGACCUUCCAUCAAUAAAAAAAGAGGACAUCUCUUUG